UUGAAACUCCCAACCCCCUCGCACUUGUAAAGAGCUGCGGCAGUCCAGUCCGCCGUCAGAGCUUCGUUUGCUCUGCAGUUGUACCUUGCGCAGGUAGCCUACUUUACUGAUCAUCUUGGUUGAGGACUUCAACUGGUAUCUUGAACAUGGAAUCCGAAGACGAGCGCUUCCUGGCUUUCAUACAAGACUGCUAUAGAAACAGGAUCAAGAAGCUAAUCAAUCCCGUGGCCGUACUCGAUCACAUAAAUUUCAUCGGAGAUGAGGAGAAGGAAGAAGUGAAACAACUUACCGUCAAUAAAGGCCGCAUAUGUGGGACAGAGAGGCUGCUGACAAUCAUAGAGGCAAUGCCCACUCCGCGUCCCUUAGGCUGGCGCCAGCAGUUCUGCACAGCUCUGAAAGAAGCGGGUAACAAACAGGCGGCUGUCUAUUUGGACCCUUCGGCUGAGCUCCCGAGUGCAUCCAUGGAAGCUGAAAACGAUUACCGUGUCAAGCUCAUCGGUAUACUUUUCUCGACGUUAAAAGACAUGGAGGCUAAAACAGUAGCCCUCAGCUGUUACGAACGGAAGGUUAUAACUGAGGAAGACAAACAAAAUAUUGAAAGAGAAAUUAAUAAUAAAGGAAAUGACAGUGGAGCACGGUUACUCUUGGAGAGAAUUGUAAUGAAUUCAACUUCAUGGUUCUCUGAUUUCAUAGUGGCCCUGAGAAAUACUGGACAAGGUCACCUUAUCGAUGACUUUAUUGAAAAGGAAGAAGAUAAAAUGGAAAUGAGUGUUCCUGAACACACCUCUGACAGCCAGGCUUCAGCUGUUGACCAAGAUGACAAAGCAGAUGACAAGUCCAUUGACAGCUCGGACAGUUUGGUGGAUUCAGGUGAUGUGACUGCAGAUGAUUCUCUAAAUCCAGCAGAAUGUGAUUUGUAUCUGGCGAAGUCUCAAGAUGGCAAAUGUAUUGCAGAAAAUGGAAGUCUGGACGUUUCAUCUGAUGAUCAGUCCAAAUCAGACACUGAAGAGGAAAGUGAGACCAACAGCAGCAAUCAGACGGGUGAAAUAAUCCUCAGAGACUAUCAGAAAGAAGUGGCAGAUCCUGCUUUACAGGGGAAAAACAUCAUCAUCUGCCUGCCAACAGGAAGUGGAAAAACUAGAGUGGCUGUUUUUAUUGCUAAGGAUCAUCUUGACAAACGGAAAAAUACAGAGACCCCUGGAAAAGUCAUUGUCUUAGUUAAUAAGGUGCCACUAGUAGAGCAGCAUCAUAAAAAAGAAUUUGGGAAAUUUCUGAAACACUACAAAGUCAUAAAAGUCAGUGGGGAUUCCCAGCUUAAAAUUUCUUUUACAGAUGCAGUGAGAGAAUCUGAUGUUAUCAUUUGCACAGCUCAAAUUCUAGAAAAUUCUCUGUCAAGGGCUAAAGAAGAAGGAUAUAAUGGUGUACGUCUAUCAGACUUGUCCCUCAUUAUCAUAGAUGAAUGCCAUCACACAAAUAAAGAUUCUGUUUAUAACAAUAUCAUGACCCGGUAUAUUAAACAAAAAAUGAAGAACAAUAGCCUGAGGAAAAAAGGUGAAAAAGAGGUUCCUCUGCCUCAAAUACUGGGCCUGACAGCAUCUCCAGGCGUGGGUGGAGCAAAAAACCAGCAGAAGGCUGAAGAGCACAUCUUAAAGAUCUGUGCAAACCUGGAUGCUUCCAGAAUUAUGACUGUUCGAGUGAAUGUCAGUGAACUACAAUGUAAAGUCAAAGAACCCUACAAGAAGUUUGCAAUUGCUGAAGAGCGCAGAUCGGAUCCAUUUGGAGAUGUAAUUAAAAGAAUUAUGCAGGACAUUCAUAAAUACUGUAAUAUGUGUCCUUUGUCCGAUCCUGGAACACAGAAUUAUGAACAAUGGGUCGUUCAGAUUGAGAAAAAAGCUGCUAAGGAAGAAAAUCAAAAGGAGCGUGUUUGUGCUGAGUAUCUCCGUAAAUACAAUGAGACUCUCCAACUAAACGACACCAUCCGAAUGUCUGAUGCCCUUAAACAUCUGAAAAAAUUCUAUGAAGAGGAAAUGAUCAAAAAAGAUAAUCCCGAAUCAGAUGAGACAUUUGAAAUUACAGAAACGGACAAAUAUCUGUUUAAACUCUUCCGAGAAAACAAGAAUGAACUGGAAAGUUUGGCUAAAAAUCCUGAAAAUGAAAAUGGGAAGUUAGCAAAACUGAGGACAACUAUUCUUCAACAGUAUGCUAAGAUGAGUAAAACAAAAGGAAUCAUUUUUACUCAGACUCGUGUCAGUGCUAUUGCCCUUCAUCAGUGGAUUGAAGAUAACAAGAAGUUCACUGAACUUGGUGUCAGAUCCAAAUAUAUUAUUGGAGCAGGCCACAGCAAUGUAGUUAAGCCAAUGACUUCAGCAGAACAAAAAUCAGUUAUUGAGAAGUUUCGCUGUGGUGCAGUCAAUUUACUUGUGUCAACAACAGUAACGGAAGAGGGCAUAGAUAUUGAGGAAUGUAACAUUGUGAUACGUUAUGGUCUUGUCACAAAUGAAGUUGCAAUGGUACAGGCAAGAGGGAGAGCCAGAGCAGAAGAAAGCAGUUAUGCUUUAGUGGCACAGGAAGGAUCUGGAGUUGUUGAACGAGAAAGCGUUAAUGUUUACCGGGAGAAAAUGAUGAUCAGUGCCAUAGAAAAUGUGCAGAAGCUUUCACAAGCAGAAUAUUUAAAGAAGAUCCAGGUCUUACAAAUUCAGACAAUAAAAGAAAAGACCUUAAGGAAGAAGAAAAAGAUGACGAAGGUGGUGCGAGACAAUCCUUCUCAAGUGACGUUUUUGUGCAGAAACUGCAGUGUGUUUGUUUGUACAGGAGACAGCAUUCAGAUCAUUGAAAGAAUGCAUCACGUUAACGUCAGAGAAGAAUUUAAGAAGCUUUUUAUAGUUAGAGAAAACAAAUCUCUGCAGGACAGGUGCUUGGACUAUCAGGUCAAUGGGGAAAUUGCUUGCAAAAAAUGUUCUCAGACGUGGGGUCACAUGAUGAUACAUCAAGUAAUCGAAUGCCCCUCUUUAGCAGUCAAGAACUUUGUACUGGAUUACGGAAAAGAAAAGAAAACUGUAAACAAGUGGUCAGAGGUGGGAAUCAGGUUCCAAGAAUUUGACAUUGCAGAUCACGGUUUAUUGAUGCCUGACGAAUCUGAUUCUGAUUAGAUGAUGAUUGUCUCUUGUGGCACAAGGUACUCUACUGACAAUAUAGCAACUCUGUACACAUUCUAAGAUGAUGAUUUAAAUUACAGUAAUCCCUCCUCCAUCGCGGGGGUUGCGUUCCAGAGCCACCCGCGAAAUAAGAAAAUCCGCGAAGUAGAAACCAUAUGUUUAUGUGGUUAUUUUUAUAUUGUCAUGCUUGGGUCACAGAUUUGCGCAGAAACACAGGAGGUUGUAGAGAGACAGGAACGUUAUUCAAACACUGCAAACAAACAUUUGUCUCUUUUUCAAAAGUUUAAACUGUGCUCCAUGACAAGACAGAGAUCACAGUUUCGUCUCACAAUUAAAAGAAUGCAAACAUAUCUUCCUCUUCAAAGGAAUGCCUGUCAGGAGCAGAUCAUGUCACAGAGAUAGAGAGAGACAAAAGCAAACAAACCAAUAGGGCUGUUUGCCUUUUAAGUAUGCGAAGCACCGCGGCACAAAGCUGUUGAAGGCGGCAGCUCACACCCCCUCCGUCAGGAGCAGACAAAGAGAGAGAGAGAGAGAGAGAGAGAGAGAGAGAGUUUGUUUUUCAAGCACAAAUCAAUACGUGCCCUUCGAGCUUUUAAGUAUGCGAAGCACCGUGCAGCAUGUCCUUCAGGAAGCAGCUGCACAGUGCAACGUCCCUAUCGUCUAGGUGUGCGAACAACCCCCCUGCUCACACCCCCCUACGUCAGCGCAAGAGAGAGAGAGAGAGAAAGUAAGUUGGGUAGCUUCUCAGCCAUCUGCCAAUAGCGUCCCUUUUAUGAAAUCAACUGGGCAAACCAACUGAGGAAGCAUGUACCAGAAAUUAAAAGACCCAUUGUCCGCAGAAACCCGCGAAGUAGCGAAAAAUCCGCGAUAUAUAUUUAAAUAUGCUUACAUAUAAAAUCCGCGAUGGAGUGAAGCCGCGAAAGGCGAAGCGCGAUAUAGCGAGGGAUCACUGUACUUGAAAAAUUCAAAGAAGAAACUGUAUUUUCACUUUAUUUGGGCAACAUGCUGUAUCGAGAACAUUGCCAAUUCAAUUAUUGCAAUACAUAACUGAUAUGUAUUAAAAUCGAUAUUUUUAUGUUAACAAAAAGUAUUGAAAUUUUUAAUUACAUGCUCAAAAUUAUUUCUGCACUUCCUCAUCAUUAUUUUGUUUGUAUGAAUGUUCAACUGUAAAAUGACCGAGUUCAUCUACUUUACUCCACUAAUUGGAGUAUAUCUUUGUAAAAGUAAAUUGUUUACAUUAUAAACAUUAUUAAGAUAUGAAAGGCUUUUGUUUUAUGAAUAAAGAUAGUUGAAAAAUA